UUAUGACUCGCUUUCUGCGUAAAUACAGCGCAAAGUUAAUUAGCUUUAACUCUCCUUUUUGGUCUUUAGGACGAUUGAAGAUCUUCAAACUAUGAGCAAAAAAUAAUCAUAAUACAAACAAUAAUAAUUCAUCAUGAGCGUGUCCAAAUCUUUCCAUAAAGCUGAGAUCAUCACUGCAGUGUCUGUGACAUUUGGAGCUGCAGCAGCGGGAAUCCUCAUCUACAAAACAUUCUUCAGCAAAAGCAAAUGUGAUAAGCCAAAGGUCAACCUUGAUCUGCAGAAAGACAACCCCAAAGUGGUGCAUGCAUUCGACAUUGAGGACCUGGGAGACAAAGCCGUGUACUGUAGGUGCUGGAGAUCCAAAAAGUUUCCAUACUGUGAUGGUGCACAUGCUAAACACAAUCAGGAAACGGGAGACAACGUUGGUCCUCUGAUCAUAAAACACAAGGAGGCCUGAGCCUCUUUCACUGUUCCAGUGAUUUUCCAUGAAACUUCACAUGUGACCUUACUGACAUUAAAUAUAUUUCAAGUUGCUUUCUCCUAUAUCUAUAUAUUUUAAAUCAUAGUCACAGAAUCUGUCAGGUACUGUUUUGUAAUUUAAAAUAUAAUUAGGAGGAUUUUGCAUCUUGUCAUUCAGAUGUACUUGUGGAGGUGAGGGUCUAUUUAUGUAACAACAAAAUGUUGCACAGAGCAAAAUCAUGUUUUGAUGACAUUGUCUUUUCUGUGAAAUUAUUAUUUUUCUCUCUCAGAAAAGUACACUGUACAAGUUUGAUGUUAAAUA